GCGGCGGCAGGCGGGAUUUCCCGGCCCUUCCCGGGCGCCCUGCGAGACCCUGCUACGGAGGGGGCGCGACCGACGUGGACGCGAGGGGUCGGGGGUCGGGGGACACGCGUUCUGCCCCCGCUGCACAUGGACGCGCGCCUGGAGCACGCACAGGGGGCUGAGCAGACAAAGUACUUGGCGUCUGGGUGACUGCACUCUCCCGCGGGGCACCUGCUUGGGACCGGCGCCCCCGCUCGGCCUCACGUGGUCUUUCCCCGCCUGGCCCGCGAGGCGCGGGACGGGGCGGGGCUGGUGACGCGGCGCGGAGACCCCGGGGGCGGGGAGGGCCGGUGCGGGGCGCGCGUUUCCUCCGCGAGCCCGUCAGUGUCGAGGCGCGGAGCCGGAGCCCCCUCAGCCCCGCGCCCGGAAGCGGAGCGAGGCCGAUCGGUCUGGCAGCCCCUCGCGUGCACCACGCCGGAGACAAAGCCAGCGCGUGAGCGGCGCCCUCGGUCCGCGCUCCCGGGUAGGGUGAGCCUCAAAGCAGGAGCGCUGAACCAGGCUACCAUCUGACGACCAUCAGCUACUGCUGCCAGUCUGUCCCCUGCCCAGGCCUGUCACCGUGUCAUCUCUCAGCAGGGGCAGCAGAAUGAAAGAAGGCAUGUCCAAUAACAGCACCGCCAGCAUUUCCCAGGCCCGGAAGGCUGUGGAGCAGCUGAAGAUGGAGGCCUGUAUGGACAGGGUGAAGGUGUCCCAGGCGGCAGCAGACCUCCUGGCCUACUGUGAAGCCCACGUGCGGGAGGACCCUCUCAUCAUCCCGGUGCCUGCGUCAGAAAACCCUUUCCGAGAGAAGAAGUUCUUCUGUACCAUCCUCUGACUCUCCGUUUGUUGUGGAAAUGUCUCCUUUUCUGUCCAUAAAACCCCUGGUAGAGACUGCGCAUGCUCUUAGCUUUAGGGAGCCCCGCCCACACCCAGCCCCGCCCAACCAGGACUGACCGUCCUGUCCCGUCUUUUCAUUGGUUUUCCUCGUUGCGCUCCAUCUCACUUUUUCUUUUCAUUUUCAUGUUAUUUUCAUUAUUAGAAAAGCAAACAGACAUGUUUGUAGCCGGAUAACAAGUGUGCCAAGUAUAAAUAAGUAUGGGCUUAAGGGCUUAAAUUUUUUAAACAUCACUUCCCCACUGUACAUACAUCGAGUUUAUACAUUUCAGUGGAUUAUUUAUUGAGAAGGGAAAAUAUAUUCAACAAGCCCCCAUUCGCAAUCGCUUUGUCAAAUUAGAGCAUCUAUUGGUAGUUUCCAUCGCUCUUGCUGGAGAAAGCAGUUUUAUAAGUUCUCUAUUUCCUGCUUUUCCCGUUAAAGAAGAAAUAACUCCCAUCAUCAGACAAUUUUCCAAACAUGGGUCUUCCUGGGACCCUGCAGCCCAGACCUUGACAGAGGGCACCCUGUUUCCCACGAUUAUCACUGAUCCCUUUGGAGGUGGUCCUUCCACGAGUGGAGGUGUAGAGGGGAUAUUGGAGGGAGCUUAGCUGUAAACGUCACAACCAUGACACUGUUUACGUGUUCCAUCCAGGCUGGCCGGGGGCACCACCUCUCCUCUCUGUAUGCCACCCUGCCCUGCUCCCUCCUGUGUUGGCUCCUCCUCUGUGGGACUGACAUGAGCCGAAUUGAUGGGGGCCUGUUUGGGGCUCGGUAGUAUGUCCCCCUCCCCCAGAGGCGUGAGUCAAGGGCAGCAGCUCAGCCUGUACCAUCCACAGAUUGGAGCAUUCACACCCAUCCACUUCUUUAAAUCCCCAUGAAUAAAUAAAUACUGUGAGACUAUGUCUGGUCUUAAGAGAGGGAAACUGAGGCACAGAAUGACAGUGUAGUUUCCCCGAGGUUGUAGAUAGUAAGCAGGAAGACUGGGACCUGACUGCAGACACCAGUUCCCAGCCUUGAGCUCCACUGCCUUCCAGGCGUACCUGUUUGCAGGUAGGCAGGUAAACCCACAAACAACCUGAGCCAUGUGCCAUGACACCCCAUCGCUGGGGUCUGCUCCGUGGCACACUUCUCUUCCAGUCUUUGCCAGGAGUAGGCAUGUCGACCGGUAUUCUGGCAGCUUGUGGAAGGUGAUGUGUGACUGCCCCUGUGGGAGGCUGGAUAGAGUUUGAUUUUUCUGAGACAAACUUGCAAGUCCACAGAAAACAAACCCCUCCCACCCCUGAUGAAGGGAAUAAACCAUAGGGGCAGAGAGCGCUCUGUCCAAGUUUGUUCUAUUCUAUUUGUUGGACACUGCCUCCCUCCUGGCUCCGGCAGCGACUUCACCAUGUGCAGCAGGGCAAGUCAUCGUAUCCCUGAAACACUCCAACCUGCAAAUUGCGGAUCAUGGUAACGACUCCUCCUGCCUGUCUGUCUAGGACAGAGGGAGAUGAUACAUAGAUGAAAGCUCUGAUGACCAUUUAAAACAAAUCCAUAUACCAAAUGCUAGGACAUAGCGUAGGGAAGAGAGCCACGGUUCCGUUGGAGGAAUCCUGUAAAAAUUGCCUGCAAAGAGGCAAGUAUAAUUUUCAGAUUAAAUUAUUGACUGGCUACCCUUGUAAAUGGUUUUAGGACAUUUGUAUUCUUGGCUGCUUUUGUUGAAACCCAUUCUUCAUUUCAUGAAAGCUCCCUGAUAAGCCCAGGGUUGUCAGGAAGCUGUGUGCUCAAACUGUAGCAGAAGUCUAUGCUGUCUGUGACAAUACGACUUCAGAUCCUCCUCUGUUUGGGUUUAUGACCAAGAUCUUUUAUUUUGUGAUCCGUGUCAGCAUCAUUAACCUGAUAAGGCAAAGCACAAUCCCUAAAAGCACAUCCGAGAAGCUGAAGAAGUGGGACAGCAUGGAAACCAGCUAAAUCAGGUCAAGGACAAAAUAUGCCCCUCCGCUUAGCCAAACUCCCCCCACUUUGUUUUCACUUUCAGCGUCCCUCCAUAUUCCACCUCCCCUUUUGCCCUCUUUUUCCUUUCUUCCGCUCAUCCUUGCAUCCCUCCCUCAGAUGCUUUUUGUCCUUUGAUUUCUCCUUUUCCUCCCAAACCUGUGGUGUUUUGUGUGACUUGCACCUUCCACGGGUCCCAGAACUCAGUGCCACUCUUAAAGGCAAGGUCAUGCACACGGGUAGCGAGGUAUACUAACGUGUCGAUGAGCCUCCCUGCAACAGUCACUGGGAGCUGAUGAAGUGGGGGUGGCCCUGGAGUGGGGAGUUAUCAUUUGGUGUUUCCAGCUUGGCUGUGUAGCCCCUGACCGCUUUUCUAAAGGGAGAAAUCACCCCUUAUGUACAAGUGUAGUGGGGUGCAGUAUCCACUCCCACUGUGGAUGCUGAAGUGGGGAAAUCUUCCUUGUCUCUCAGAUGUACCCCCUUUUCCAGCACCAGCCAGGCCAGGGAGUGGCCAGUGACCCAGGGUGAACUCCUGGGACUCCCCUGCUUGGGACUGUGAGCUCAGAGCAACGAUGCAAAAUGAAGGGAUGCUGAGCUUCCUUUCAGAGAAGCUGCGGUGGUCCAGCAGGGGAUGUGUCUAGGACUGGCAGGCUGCAGGGAUGGUGUGUCCACUGCUAGUAAGGUCCAAGGAUGGCAGAUUCCUGGGCAGAGUGUUUCUGCUCCGAGCCUUGGCCCACCCCACUGAGUUGUCUCGGUCCCCUCCCAUCUUUUCAGCUCUCCUUUCUAGCUUUCUGUCAAUUCUGUGAGCCUCCCCUCCAGUAAAUUUCUCAUUCUUUCAUGAAAUAGCCUGGGUUGAAUGUACAUAUCAUAUGACCUAAAAUCUUCAUUCCUCGGUGUCUACCCCAAAGAAAUGUGUGUGUACAUUCACCAAAAGAAAGGUGCAAGAUUGUUCAUAGAAGUGCUGUUCACAGUAGCCCCGAACUGGAAAGCACCCUGAUGCCCAUGUUGAAUGGAUAGACAAACCACAGCACAUUGGCACAGUGAGGUUCUCUGCAGCAAGAAGGGAUGUUCCCGUGGCCAGGCGCAGCCCUGUGUGAGCCUCACGAGAGAAGGCAAGUUCACACUAUAUGGCUCCAUUUAUAUCAAGUAUGAAACCCACAGAACUCACCUGUGCUAUUGCAACAGGGACGUGAGUUACUCCUGGGUGGAUGGGAAGCAGAAGGGCACAAGGCCGUUUCUUGGAUAUUCUGGUGCUGGUGGCUGGUUACCCGAGCGUAUCCAGUGUGUAAAUAUUCGUUCUGAUUCCUGAUCUGGUGGCUGGUUACCCGAGAGUGUGCAGGGUAUAAACGUUCUCCAAGCCGUACCGUUUGGGUUUGCACCCUUUUCUGUGUGUAUGUUGUACUUCAAUAAAAAGUUGGUUAUGGGCUAGUAA